AUGAGUGACGAAGAGAAAAGACCCCAUGGUGUUGACACCAUUUCCACCUCUUCGGGCUCAGGGUCAAAAGACCCCGAGGCGUUGCACAACAACGACGAAAAUGAACUACUUGCCUUGAAACACCACACCGAGGACGAAAUCGAAGCUAGCGGGAACUGGUACGACAAGAGUAUCUCCAUCUUUGGCAAGAAGGUGCGUUACUCCAAUGCCAUGACCCAGGUUGUCAUGGUUGCAAUCGUUAUAUUUAUGACUCCAGGUAUGUUCAAUGCCCUUUCUGGUAUCGGUGCCUCGAUCAGCGACAAGACCACUGCCGAUAACGCAAAUGUCGCGUUGUAUUCGACUUUUGCCACCAUUGGUUUCUUUGGAGGUACCAUUUGCAACACCAUUGGUGUUAGAUACUCGUUGAUGUUUGGUGGUACUGGCUACGCCCUUUACGCUGGCUCGCUUUUGUCGUUUAACCACAAUGAAAACAAAGGCUUUGUCAUUUUUGCAGGUGCCUUCUUGGGUUUAUGUGCCGCGGUCUUGUGGUCUGCUCAAGGUUUGGUUGUCUUGAGUUAUGCCACCGAGGAAAACAAGGGUAAAGCCAUUAUGAUUUUCUGGGUCAUCUUCAACUUGGGCGCAGUUAUUGGCUCGAUCAUCCCUUUGGCAGACAACAUGGAAAACAAAACGUCUGCCGCCAACGAUGGCACGUUUAUUGCUUUUAUCAUCUUGAUGUGCUCCGGUUGCUGCAUCGCUUUCUUCAUGUUGCCAUCGUCCAAAGUCUGGAAAUCAGACGGCUCGAAAGUCAUUGCUCAAAAACACCCCAACUGGAAAACCGAAUUGAUUGGCUUGUUCAAAUUGCUUGUUAGAGAGCCCAGGAUUCUCUUUAUGUUCCCCAUGUUUUUCGCUUCAAACUGGUUCUACACCUACCAGUUCAACAAUGUCAACCACGGAAUGUUCAACUUGAGAACAAGAUCGCUCAACUCGCUUCUUUACUGGUUUGCCCAAAUGGUUGGUGCCAUCAUUUUGGGUUUCAUUUUGGAUCUCAAGUACCUCCGCCGUUCGAUGCGGGCCAAGAUUGGCUGGGGUAUCUUAUUCGUGACCGGUUUGGCCAUCUGGGGAGGUGGUUUGAAAUUCCAACUCGAGUUCACUCGUGAAGAAGUGGAAGCCGUUCCUCCGUUGAUCGAGCCAAUGGAUUUCACCGAGAGCCGAUACGUGGGACCUGUUUUCCUUUACAUCUUUUACGGCUUGUACGAUGCCAUCUUCCAAACAUACACCUUGUGGACUCUCGGUGCGUUGUCAAACAAUCCAAAGAAGGUUGCCUUGUACGCCGGUUUCUACAAAGGUGUCCAAUCUGCUGGUGCGGCCAUUGCCUGGAGAUUGGAUGCAAUCGAGCUUCCAUACAUGAACUUGUUUGCUUCCUCGUGGGCGUUGUGUCAAGGUUCGCUCUUGAUUGCAAUCCCAUUGAUUUGGUUCUACAUCAAGGACCACACUGACGCUCUCGCAGACCACAUGGAUGACGCUGUGGGGUUGGAGGAGAUUGAAGUUGUGAAAUCAACAACCGAGCAUAAGGAGUAA